GCAAAAAUGUCAUAUUUAGAAAAAUUGAAAGAAUGUGAAAAUGCCUGGGGGCGAUUGUGAAAAAUUAUGCUUUUAGAAUAAGAAUAUUUAAUUUAAUACAAAAUAAAAAUACACACUGAAAAAUGUUAUUGUAAUACGAAAUAAAGCAACUUUAUACUUCUAGUUUGAAGCACUAAAAAGAGUGGGUUAUCGUCAUCACUCGGAAUGGAUAGUUUAUUAAUGUGGGACCUUUAGUUUGAGUUGCGUUAUUCUGAUUGUUCACUAAAUUGAUCGAAAAAAUAUAUAUAUACAUACGUACCGCGCACUAUGGAACUAGAGGUCGGCACUUGGGACUCGGUUUUACUGGAAAAUCUUUCGGAAGACAGCUUUAUAAAUAACAUACACCUUCGCUACAAACGGGACAGCAUAUACACAUACAUUGGGACUUCCGUUGUCGCGGUAAAUCCUUAUCACCACAUAUCAGAACGAACUUCGGAUACUAUUCGAAAUUAUGGCAGUAAAGGAAUCUUUCAGUUACCACCACAUAUUUAUGGUUUAGCUAAUUUGGCAUUUCAGUCACUUAAAGAUCAAGGCGAAGAUCAGUGCAUUGUACUGACAGGUGAAAGCGGCGCUGGCAAAACGGAGUCUUUCAAAAUGAUUGUUAACUUUCUUACGCAUAUUCAAGAUAAAAUAACUCUAGUACAACAAAUUAAAAAAGAAGUUUCGAACAGCACCGCUAGCACCAGUUGUUACACCGGUUACGCGCCUUUGCAUCGACGUACGUCUAGCAAUUGUUCUGCCACAAAUGUUCCAUUAUCCAAAAAAUCUGAUAGCGUCAUGACAAUAACAAACACCUCUCGCCGGCAAUCGUUGUCUCCCGGGCUUGGGCCACGUCGUUGCAGCACAGCAAAUAUAUCCGCACAACGCAUUCGGGCUGAAAGUUCUGACCGUAGUCAGACACGGCGGAAUAUGCGAGAGAAAAUAGUCGAUUUCGAUUUCUCUCAUCAUAAAAGCACUGAAAAUAUUUCAUAUAUUGAUAGCAAAGGAACAUUUCGCAAUAUUGAUAAACAUCCGUCAAAAUCUUGCUUUAAACACCAGCCGACACAAACGGCCCCAAUGGUCACUGCCGCGCUUAUGAAUACAAAUUUCGCAACAUCUUCUAAACACCUGCAUAACGCCCACCAAGCAGGUAUUUAUACUAGCGGCGGUUGUCGACAAUGUGGCCAUAGUAAAUGCACACGUGCUUUAGCAUUGGAAAUUGAUUCCCGAAAUUUGCCUUUUAAAAAUACCAGUACACAAAAUUUUUCAGCGGGACCAUCAAGAGCAAUGCACCGAGGUAGUUUCUGCAAUUUAUUGCGUCAACAUUCCACAGAAAGUCAAACCGACCGUUCAUCAUUGAUUGGCUCGACACAACGUAUAUCUCUAUAUGAAGCACACAAACAGAAUCAAAUGUUUGCCGCUUCUAUUUUUAAUCCAAGUAAUGCGUCGACCUGUGCACAAACUUCUUCAUCACUUUCACUCUCAGGGACAAUGAAUGUGCCUAACACAAGGUCACGUCGAAAGUCGCCCAGUCAAAGGCUGCGAGAAUGUGUCACCUGUGCGGAUGUCUUUCUCGAGGCUAUGGGAAAUGCGGUGACUUUGAAAAACAGCAACUCUAGUCGUUAUGGUAAACUAUUUGAUAUAGAAAUCGAUUUCAAAGGUGAUCCCAUGGGCGUACAUAUAACACAUUAUAUGUUGGAGAAGACUCGCAUUACAAAUACUAGUGCCGGGGAGCGAAAUUUUCAUAUAUUCUAUCAGUUGCUUCUGGGAGCUGACUUGCCUUUGUUAAAAUCCUUGAAGCUGUAUCGGAAUGUGGAAAAAUAUGAUAUAUUGAGAAACACAACUGCCAUUGAAGAAGAUCGCGAAAAUUUUCAUUAUACAAAGAAAUCGCUUGAGAUACUUGGUUUGACGUGUGAUGAAAUCACCUCCAUUCUUCGUGUGAUUGCAAUCGUAUUAAAGUUAGGAAACUUUAUUUUUGUUCCGAUAACAAAUAUUGAUGGGACCGAAGGCUGUCAAAUAUCGAAUGUUUACGAAGUUCAAGAGGCUGCGCACUUACUAAAUUUAGAAGCUCAAAUCUUAAUAAAUUGCCUUACUAGAGCCAAUUGCUCAAAUAACACUCUGGAAGAUGUCGGCUGCGAAUUGGACGCUCGCCAAGCGGCCAAUGCACGUAAUACCCUUUGUCGCACACUAUAUGGACGGCUGUUUACUUGGUUGGUGAACAAAAUCAACGAAACUUUAAAGUCUACACAGCGCGAAAAAAAUUUAGCUUUACUAGACUUUUACGGUUUCGAAUUGCUUGAUAAUAAUUCAUUUGAGCAAUUCGCAAUAAAUUACAGUGCCGAAAAAAUACACCAGAAUUUCGUUCACAAUGUCCUUAGGCUUGAGCAGGAGCUUUACAUCCGCGAAGGACUGGAAUGGACACGAGUAGACUUUUUUGACAAUGAGUCAAUUUGCGAACUUAUCGACAAGCCUUGCUACGGUAUUUUGAGUAUUAUUAAUGAGCCGCAUCUUAACAGCAAUGAAGCGCUUUUGUUACGAAUUCAGCAAUGUUGCGCAGGACAUCCGAAUUUCAUGACUGGCUGUCAGAAUUCAAUGUGUUUUAAAAUCCGCCACUUUGCCAAUGUGGUGAGUUAUUCAAUACACCGAUUUCUGGAAAAGAACUCUGACGUUUUGCCAAAGUUUGUUAGUGGAGCCCUGUACCAAAGUAAAUUGCCUCUAGUUCAAAGCCUAUUUCCUGAAGGCAAUCCCCGUCGUCAAACAUCUCGCAAGCCAACUACGCUUAGCUCCAACGUUCGUACUCAACUGCAUACAUUAUUGUCCAUCAUUAAGAAUCGCCGUUCGCACUACGUUUUCUGUAUAAAACCGAAUGAGUGUAAGCAGUCUCAUACGUUCGAUCUAGCUUUGGUCCAGCAUCAGGUGCGCUAUAUGUCUUUGAUGCCGUUGGUGCAUCUCUGUCGUACAGGACAUUGCUUCCAUCUACCGCAUGCAAAAUUUUUUAACCGCUACAAGUUAUUAAAUAGUUCAACGUGGCCACACUACCGUAGCAGUGGGAGUAAUGACAGUGGUCCUGGUGUCAGCAUUGUGGAGGGUAUUGCGCUCAUCAUACGUAGCUUACCAUUACCAGCUGCUGAAUUUACGAUCGGGACGAAAAAUGUAUUUGUACGCAGUCCGCGCACUGAAUAUGAAUUGGAGCAAUUUCGAAGGGAGCGUAUCAAUGAAUUAGCCAUUUUAAUACAGACUAUAUUUCGAAUGUAUGUGGCACGGAAACAUUUUCUUCGAAUGCGACAUAGUCAGAUUGUUAUUGCAAGCGCUUGGCGCACGUGGCGGGAGUGUCGCUUUAGCAUUCCUUUUAAAGGCCGAAAGCAUCUUUGGAGUCUCUACCGAAGUGCACGUAAGGAGUAUACGGUUAUGAAGUAUAAGCGCCAAGUUAGUUGGGCUGUCGAAGUUAUAUCGAGAUAUUAUCACCACUGGAAAAUUCGACAAUAUUUACUUACCAUACCAAUGCGCUUGCCGCCAAAUACGUUAAGCCCGCUUUCUACAGAUUGGCCGACAGCGCCCAAAUUUUUAGCUGAGACAUCUCGGUUACUUCGAGCUAUUUACCACCGUUGGAAAUGCUAUAUAUAUCGCAACUCUUUCGAUCAGACUUCGCGUAAUCGUAUGCGUGAAAAAGUUACUGCCAGUAUUAUCUUUAAGGAUCGCAAAGCGUCAUAUUCUCGCAGCGUGGGUCACCCGUUCGUGGGAGAUUAUGUGCGGUUGCGGCAUAACCAGCAAUGGAAAAAAAUUUGUGUAGAGACCAACGAUCAGUAUGUGGUGUUUGCGGACAUUAUUAACAAAAUUACACGUUCCAGCGGGAAGUUUGUACCAAUACUGUUGGUGUUGUCAACUUCGUCGCUGCUGUUGCUGGAUCAGCGCACACUACAAAUCAAAUACCGGGUGCCUGCAGCGGAAAUUUAUCGCAUGUCUCUAAGCCCAUACUUAGAUGAUGUAGCAGUAUUUCAUGUUAAAGCGGUAGAUAUUCACUCUGAGUUUGGACGAAAAAAAGGCGAUUUUGUAUUUCAAACGGGACAUGUAAUCGAAAUUGUUACCAAAAUGUUUCUUGUUAUACAAAAUGCCACGGGGAAGCCACCGGAAAUACACAUUAGUACCGAAUUUGAAGCGAAUUUUGGCCAACAGACAAUUAUAUUCUCAUUUAAAUAUGGUGGCAUGUCUGAUCUGGUUCAAUCUCAACCAAAAGUUACACGCAAAGCGAAUCGCAUGGAGAUUACUGUGUAAUCAAAUGUAUUGGAUUAGCUUAAGUGAAUGUUGUCAAAGUUUCACAAAGUGAUUGGAAACUGUGGUAGAAUAGAUGGCCGAAGUGUUUCAACAAGAUGUUAUUAUUAUAGACUCCUCUUUGAUCGCUGACAAUCAGCUAAAACAAAACAAAAUUAAAAUAGAAAAUCGUUAUAAAUGAAAGUAUGUAUGUAGAUGUUUUAAAUUGAGCAUUUUAAAUGUUCUUAUUUCUUGCAAAAUUAUUAAAGAAAAGUAAAAAUUUUCAUACAUUCAUGAACUUUAAUUCAUAUAUUUAUACAUUUGAAAAUGAUUAUAUUAUGUGUGCAUGUGGAUAUUAAAUCAAUUAAUUUUAAAUUAUUUUCAUUGUGUUUGUUACAUAUUUCCUUCUCACAGCAGCAUUUGGUUUAAUUCUAUGUAUUAAUAAUUUUUACUGCCUCCGGAAUAUUACGAGAUUUUUCUUUAUUUGUGAUCAUCAGGUAUCCCAAUCGGUAAUAAAAUGGAAUGACUA